CCCUCACGCCAUAUCCACAUCUUAUGCACACAUUUCACUCUCUCCUUAAAAAUAAAAUCUUUAUAUAAUAUAUAAAAAGAAAUAAAGAAAGGAUGCUUUUAUAAUUAAAUAUACUUCUUCACCGUCAAUAGCUCCUAAAGAAAUUAAAGAGAAGCUGUAAUGGCUCAAACCAUGUUGUUCAUCUCUGGUGUUUCUACUCGGCAUGUUGUAGAUUUGAAGAGAGACCCUUUACUUCAAUUCCAAGUUGAAAGAUUAAGGCCUAAGCCAUUCUCUAAUCUUGUGUUUAACCCAAUUUCUAUCAGUAAAACUUCUUUUUCUACUUCUAAACCAUUUACUACACUUGCUCUCUUCAAGUCAAAAGCCAAGGCACCUCCUAAGAAGGUUGAAAAACCCAAGGAAAAGGUUGAAGAUGGUAUCUUUGGGACUUCUGGUGGAAUUGGUUUCACUAAACAGAAUGAGCUCUUUGUGGGACGCGUGGCUAUGCUUGGCUUUGCUGCAUCCUUGUUGGGUGAAGCAGUAACAGGAAAAGGAAUUCUAGCUCAAUUGAAUCUAGAGACAGGAAUUCCCAUUUAUGAAGCAGAGCCACUUCUUCUUUUCUUCAUCCUCUUCACUCUUCUUGGAGCCAUUGGAGCUUUGGGCGACCGUGGCAAAUUCGUCGACGACCCACCCACCGGCAUUGAAGGUGCAGUCAUCCCUCCUGGCAAAAGUUUCAGGGCAGCUUUAGGUCUUAAAGAAGGAGGUCCGUUGUUUGGAUUUACAAAGGCAAAUGAGCUGUUUGUGGGGAGAUUGGCGCAGCUAGGAAUUGCAUUUUCUUUAAUCGGAGAGAUUAUAACAGGAAAAGGAGCUCUAGCGCAACUGAAUAUUGAGACUGGCAUUCCCAUCAAUGAAUUGGAACCCCUUGUGUUGUUCAAUAUUAUCUUCUUCUUCAUUGCUGCUUUGAAUCCAGGUACUGGCAAAUUUGUCACUGAUGAGGAAGAAGACUAAAUAUAUGAACUUGUUCUCCUUGUUUGACAAGAACCUGCCUUGUAAUUUUAUUCAAGAAAAUACUUUGUGCUCUUCUUCCUCUUCCUCUUUCUGUUUCUUGCAUCCUUGGGUAUGUAUAAGUAGGUAUGCAAAAUCAAGGAAAUGGGUAUGCAUUCGAUCCGAA